CAAGACCUCUCAGCUCAUAUGUGACGUCAUAUGUCAAGUUCCCCUCUACCUGACUGGAUGAUUUGUUGGUUUAUGAACUGUUCCGUGCACGAAGCAUGCCUGAUGAUGGAGCUCAAUUCGUCAGGCAUUUUUAACUUUAACGUCAUUGACGCUUUCAAGAUUAUUCAAGAACACAAGACACGUGAUCGAAAUGUCAAUGGCGCAACUCAGGUGAUCCUGAUCUGUGUCUACGGUCUUCUGAUAGUCUCCGGACUAUCAGCCAAUCUUGUAGUGAGUUUCGUGGUGGCUCGUCGUCCUCAGAUGCACACUCCCAGGAACCUCUACAUCGUCAACCUGACCAUCUCCGACAUGACGUUGUGCCUGAUCUGCAUGCCGUUCACCCUCGUCUCCAUCCUGAGACGACAGUGGUCGCUGGGUCUGACCCUUUGCAAGCUCGUACCCGUCAUCCAGGGCGCCAACAUCAUGGUGUCGGUUGGGACCAUCACUGUGAUUGCCCUUGACAGGUAUUUGACAAUUGUGCGAGGUCAGGAGACAACGAACAACAAAAGUCGAGUCAUCACUUCCAUUGCCCUCGUGUGGUUAAUAUCAGCUCUGGCUACUCUUCCUCUGGGCUUCUAUCAAGUAUUGGAGCCGGUUACGUUCCACAAGGUAGUAUUGUACGAGACGUGUAUAGAGCGAUGGCCCUCCCAGAGACUGAAGGUGGCCUACGCUGUAGCCGUGCUGCUGGUACAAGCAGUCAUACCGGCGCUGGUAGUGUGUGUGGUUCACGCACGCAUCGCCUCCUACCUGCACGCACACGCACGCACACAGAAGGACCUGCGCAGAGCUCACAGGGAGAUACAGAGGAACAGGAGAACCACGCUGCUUCUUUCAGGUGUAGCGAUCCUGUUCGCUCUCAGCUGGCUGCCUCUGGGUAUCUUCUCCUUGACUGCGGACAUCUACUACUCCGGCGAGUCCUACACUGAGGUCACCUCUCAGGACCUGUACGUCACCUUAGCAGUUUGUCACAUAACCGCUAUGUCUUCCGCGGUCUCCAACCCCGUGGUGUACGGCUGGCUCAACACCAAUAUUCGUCAGGAAUUCCUGCAGCUGCUGCCCUCCAAGUGUGCCAACCCUGCGCGCCAAGACGAGGGUACUACGAAAACAGCGCUGCCAACCACAACACAAACACACAGGCGAGACAGCGUCACCGUGCUGUUGCCACACCCCCACACUGCCAUCACGGUCUUAUAAUUAUGGUUCCUUCAUUAUUCAAUAGUUCUAUAGGAAAUUUAAUAGCACCGGAAUUGCAACAUUUACUGAUAAGGCUUCUACGAGACCUGACAGGUCCCAACCUGUUCCAUAUGUAAACAGGAUAAGACUUGGGUCGUGCAUUAAUUGCGCCAAAGAGUUCCAUAAUUGUGCAAAGCCCUCAAAUGGUCCCAAAAAAUGUUCCUUAGUUGUGCCAUGCCCAAGCCAGGGUGGGGCGAGUUGCCGGCAGAAGGAAUGUCCUUGUUUACGUGUCAUCCUAACCUAUCCUAACCUAACCUAACAAAACAUAACAUAACCUAACUCAAAACCUAAACUUACUUAGCCUAACCUAACCUACUCAAUUAUACAGUCAAAGAGGGCCGCAACGUGGAGCAGUAUCGGAUGGUUCCUUGGAAUAGUUGGUGCAAUUCAGGAAUACCCGACUACCUGAUUUAGAGCAGUUGGCGCAAUUAAUGCCCGCCCGAGAUUUGCUGACAGACAUCAUACAAUCCGUACUAGUCAAUAAUUUUACAGGCAUCUAGAAUAAAUUAUUAAUGGUGAGAGUUGUCCUCUGCCAACUUGUAAUUUUGACCUAACAAAUUUUAUUUGAGGAGUUUUGUCGUCGACACCUACAAAGACCAUACUUACUAAAUCGACUCCCAGUUUAGGACUACCUCUUAUUAUACAAUCUAUACUAAAUGUUGCCACCAUAGUAUGGCACUUUAUAUUUUAUUUAUACGUCUAUCUGAGGACUUCGACUGUGAUUUUUGGUAGCGUUAGAUAUAUUUUUAUAUGGAUAGCAGUUCAAUGUAUUUAAGGCCUUAGUAAAGGACCGAUUAAAUCUUGUUAAGAUAUACCAUUGAGUUAAAAAGUGUGCAUUAACUGUUGUACAUUUUAUGUAGAAAAUUAAAAUCUUAUACUCACCAUUAUAAUGCAGAGUAAAACAACCCCUUCUAUACCAGUUUUGAAAAAAAACUUACCUUAAAUUAAUUAUUUAAGCUCUAGAUUAGUAAUUGGUUAAGUAAUUCGGAAGGCAAAAACCCAGAAAUGAAAAGAUAUAAUCCUUGAAAAUGUCUAGAAAAUACGCUAAACACCACGUAAAAUUCGCCGUUUUAACUAAAUAAACAGGAAUUAUAAAUUCAUUUGUUUACAAGUUUUCAGAUCUUUUUUAUAUUUGAAACACCAA